UUUAUUAUAUGUUUAUUUAAUUAAAUUGUUUGGUAUAAUAAAGUAAACAAACGACUAAGAAAACUGGAAAAAUCAAUCGACAUAACAGUGUUCGCCUUUGUGUGCGAUUCUUCAUAUAAUUCUUUAAGACAUCACCAAAGAUGUCGGCCGAUGUAAACUCUUUGUCGUCAAUCGCUUCAAUGAUUAAAUGCGAUGACAAACCUAUUAUUUAUGAUUAUAACCAAAGAAGUAGUAGUAAAUUAUUAGCCUUUGGGCUGACAAACAAUAUGUUUUCCAAUGAUACUUCUUGUGCUCUGAACUGUUCCGGACACGGCGACUGCUACAAUGGUACCUGUUUUUGUGAGGUUGAAUAUAGUGGCGGCGCCUGUAAUGACCCGAACUUACGCUAUUAUAUUGCUUUUUCGACCGUAUUUUAUAUGAUAUGUGCCGUGUCUUUCAUUCAAUUGAUACUUUGUAUAAACUCUGAAUUCUCACGACUUAAGCCGCGAUCUUUCAUACGAGCGCUAAGAAUAACGACACAAAAGGCUCUCUAUUUUUUCAUAUGUCUGGCGACAGCCAUCCGUGGCUUUUAUUUUUCUUCGCCAACAAACGCCAGUCUCGGCUUUUGGGCAGAAAGUCUAAUGAGUGCUUAUUAUCCGGUAGUGUUGAGCGGCUCGUCAUUAGUAGUCUGUUUUUGGGCUGAGGUUUUUCAUUUGCAUGACGUGAAUGUCGAGAGACCGACAUUUUUGAGCAAAUCUUUUACCGGAUUUAUACUCUUCAAUGUUGUCACGUAUUCCUUAUUGAUGGCCGAGUUAGUACUGCUCACGUUUGCUAACCCGACUGCAACUGAUAAGAAUUUGUUUUUAAGCAUUUUUAAUAGCAUUUAUGCUCUAUUGAUGCUAAUUGUGGUGAUAUUCUUCCUCAUCUAUGGUGUCGAAGUCUACUUUAAAGUGAGAGGCGCUUUCAUUCAAGAGGAAUCAAUUCCUCAAGACUUAUCUCAAUUACAACAGUCAAGACUCGGUCUCAUAUCUCAAGCUGUUCUGCUAUUAAUAACAGUUUUGUUUAUGUUUUCCGAGGUUUUGGGCAGUUUCUGGAAAGACAAAGUUCCCGUCUUAAGUCGAAACUAUCAUCAAAUAAUGUUUCGAGUGGUCGAACUGGGAGUCGCUCUUUGGUUUCCAUGUGUUCUCUGGAAUUGCAUUCGACCUGAAAGACUAUGGAUUUUGAAUCCACGAAGAAUUCUUAAGAGAGAGCCGUCGCGAGACUUUGCAUUGACUCAUAUCAGAGAAGCUGAAGCCCUGGUUUCUGGCAAUAAUGUAACAAUAGUUCGUACCGAACAAAAUGGAUCGACGCGGACACUGCCCGAGUGCUGGAUCUGUUACGAUGUCGACCGUAAAGACAGUGGUCCACUGAUCCAGCCGUGCGCGUGCAAAGGCGAUGUGUCGGCCGUACAUCACGACUGUCUUCGCAAAUGGCUAAUGGAGUCCUACUCUAAUCCGGAGAACGUGCGCUGCAAAGUGUGCAACGAGUUGUAUGAAGUGGAAAGAGGACACGUUUGGAUAACAUCGGGUCUAACAAUAACCCAUUGGUUCAAAACAGCAGCAAUAAUAUCGAUAAUGUGCAGCGCAGCUGCCGGCACCUGUCUUGUCAUCAAAAUCUUUGAGCACAUGUAUGUCAAGACCAUUAGCGUCGGCUGCGCUAUACUUGUGGAGUAUGUGUGUCUCAGAUUUUUAGGCUUCAAUAUGAUAUCGGCCUACCAACGGGCCAAGUUCUCAGCCAUCAAAAUAAUUGGCCAAAAAAUAUCAAUCGGUAGUACACAUAAUCAUCCAAUGAUGACGACAAUGAUGACCACUGUCAGUCAAACGAUUCCACACCAUCAGCUAUGCACGUCGUGUGUGUCAAAACAAGAGUCAAUAGAUGAAUCCAUGACAUCGUUGUCGUCAUCGUCGUCCUCAUCGCGCAAUGACGACAAAGAACCAAACGUUGAACCAAUGGUCAUACAAAGUGAUCAACCAAUCGAUACGACAACUAUUGUCUGCAAUACGUGAUUUGGUUUUGGUAAAUGGUUUUUUGUUUGUGUCAUUGUAUUGUAUUUUUUUGUGUGUUUGGUUGACAGCCACCUCAAAAAAAUGUUUGAAAGUCCAUUGCGUUAACCGCUCUAAUCGAUUGAUAAUAUAAUUAUAGUAUGUAUUUGUGUGUAUAUAUUAAUAUAUAUAAGUUA